AUGCCGGAGCGGACGGUGUACAAUGCCCUGCCGAAGCUCCCCGGCUUCGGCUUUUCUGAGUUGCACCCACCCGUGACACACCGGCGGCGCCAGUACUGCAUCCUGGAGGGGGGCACCAGGACCGUGCUUGACGCCAACAGCAGCACAAUCCGCAAAAGCGAUGAACGCGGGCGUGGCGGCGGCUGUGGCGGCUUGAGUCGCGCCGAGAUUCUCGCGAAGUUCCCGGAAUGGAAUUCGCUCGACGAUAAAGUCCUCCGCUUCUUUGGUUAUUAUAUGGAGCGUGUGGAUGAGAGUGUGGUGGAGAGAAUUCGUGUAAGAAAGGUAAAGAUACAUUUCUACCUCACGGAUGGAACCCUCACUAUAGUGGAGACACCUGCUGUCGUGAAGAGUGGUCUGCGUCACGGUACGACAGUGUCGCGCUGCAAAGUUGACGGCAUCGAUGUCUUCUCUCUUUACAUUGGCGCCAUUAUUCACGUCCGCGGUAUAGACUAUACUCUCGUUGACUGUGAUGCCGCCACGCGUGACUUCUGUGCAGUGAUGGAGAUGGCGCAGCCAGAGCCCAUCAACUACCCCGAGGACGCAUUCGAAGCAACUGUCAUGACCACUAAAGCACCAAUGGAUGAGCACCACAUCGCAAUGCGUCGCGCCAUGGAGAUUUCAGCAGCAAAUGCUGCGGGGACCCACGCCAGUCUUCUUACACCAGAUGAGCGUAACAAAGCCCGGAAUUUUUUUGAACACGACCGUGAGGUUUUGCGUUUCUCGGCCGUCUGGGAGCAGAGGCUGUUUAGGAUUCAAUACUACAUUGCGGACCAAACCACAUCGGUUAUGAUGGAACAUGCGCGGAAUGACGGACGCGACCCCAACGCUGUUUUCAUUCGGCGCACACUAAUCCCGAAGGAUCCCAAGGCUGCGCUGCGAGAUACAGAGACACUGAACCUUCCGCUAGGGUCGCCCAUCGUAUACAUUACGGACAAUGACCUUCGGACAGGUGAGACGGUCAAUCUUUUCACCAGGGAAUUCUACAUAUUUGACUGUGAUCCCUACACGCGUGCCUAUUAUGAAGCGAAAGGCGUUGAACAGCCAUCGUAUCCGAAACCUCCAACAGAAGCAGAAAUUCUCACUUCCAGCAUGAAGCGGCCACAGGUGACUCAGCUGCCUCCAGCGAGAGGGACGCAAGGUGCCUCGACAAUGGUUUUCGAAGACACUGCUUGCCAAAAGGACCGUCUCAAGCUCACUCGUUAUUCGAACGAUGUGUUUCGUUUUGCCGCUCGCCACAAGAAACCCAAGCCAGAGGACGAGGGUAGACAAUUUCUGGUUUGUUACCACCUUGCGGACGAUACAGUGUCAGUUUACGAACUUGUUGUGGCCAAUAGCGGUCAUGUUGGAGGAAAAUGUUUCGCUCGAUCAGUCGUCCCUGAGAUUAAUGAACCGGGCAAAUUGUAUGUGGGCGCCAAUGUAAAACUCGCUGGGGUGGAGUACGAGCUCACCGACAUGGAUGAGCGGACAAAGCGGUACAUCGCGAUGGGAAUGCCUCUAAUGGAUGAAAAUUAUUUCCAUACUCAGAAGCUUGUCAAUCGCGCGCGGGAGGUAGUUCUUCAGCGCUUUUCAAGGAUAACCGACGCCUUUCGUCACUUCCGAUCCACAACAGAGGGGUUGACAAGCGAUGACGUCAAGUGUCUCUUUGUGGAGUGUGGUAUACGUCUCGACGCGGCCGAGCUAAGCAGCGUCAUGGCAAGCCUUGACCACGACAAGGAUCAGAUUAUCUCUUUGCCAGAGUUCACGGAGCACCUCUUGGGGCAGCAGUUCGUCUCAGACUUUGUCCCAAAGAACCAAAGGAUUGGUGGCGUUGGCAAGGGACCUCUUCGCUCACUACAGGAAAUUGAGGCAAGCAAGAACACAGCAAGGGAGGCGGACGAAGCGCUACGGAAGUUAAUCUCGCAGAGCGAAGCCCGUCGGGUGCUCCUCAUUCGGGCUUGCAGAACCGCCGCAAACACCACCUACGACGGCCAUCUCAGUAUUGAGGACUUCACGAAGGCACUGCAGGAACGACUGAACCUUUCCUUCACGGAUAGGGAGCUGGACGCACUUGUAUUCAAAUUUUUCUAUUCUCCAGGCAUGGCGGAUUGGACUGUAAGGCGUCUACCAGUGAAGGAGAUUCAGAGACUCGUCAUGCUUUAG